CAUAAAAAAUGCUGUACAUUACAGCGGGGUGUGAAAGUGAGCGCUAGUAGGAUGGAUCAAUAAAAGAAGCGACCCAUACGGACGCCAUAUUGACCAAAACAAAAUGGCAGAACAAGAGGAUAGUUGACAAAGUCUGCAGGCUUUCGUUGACAGAUGUCUUCUCGUGACACGAUAAAUCCGCAACGACGACUAUUAGAUCUGGCGGCGGCCACUCUUCUGAAUUACUAUGAUCAAGUUCCUACUUAUGGUCAACAAACAGGGGCAGACUCGCCUCUCCAAGUAUUAUGAGCAAGUGGAGCUGGGGAAGAGAGCAGCUCUGGAAGCUGAUGUGGUCAGGGGAUGCCUCGCGCGGAGGAAGGAAGAGUGCUCGUUUGUAGAGUAUAAGGACUACAAACUGGUCUAUCGACAGUACGCAGCACUUUUCAUAGUUGUUGGCAUCACUGAAAAUGAGAAUGAACUCUCAAUCUAUGAGCUUGUGCACAACUUUGUAGAGGUGUUAGACAAGUAUUUCAGUCGUGUGAGUGAGCUAGAUAUCAUGUUCAAUUUAGAUAAAGUACAUAUUAUACUUGAUGAAAUGAUCCUGAAUGGACACAUUGUGGAGACGAAUAAGAACCGGAUACUGGCACCACUACUGGCCCUGGACAAGAUGGCUGAAAGCUGAUCCGAUGCAAAUGAGAUCUCAUUAAUGUUCUGUUCCAAAUGAUAAAUAAAUGCUUUUCACUAGUAUAAACUUAGGGUUCAUCUUCCAUUCUUCUACAAAAUUGUUUAACAUAAUUUUGAUGUGACCUGUAAUAAUCCCAAUGCAUUGUCAAAGAUGUCAAAGUUCCUCCUAAAUACGGAACUACUAGAAAAUCCUAAAUACAACGAAAUG